GUUGCUGGGGCACGCGAGGAACGAACUCGGCUGUGAGGACAGCCUGUGUGGACCAAGCACUUGGAUUCAGCUCCUUCAGUUCCAACAUGGAAGAAACUUACACCGACUCCCUGGACCCUGAGAAGCUAUUGCAAUGCCCCUAUGAUAAAAACCAUCAAAUCAGAGCUUGCAGGUUUCCUUAUCAUCUUAUCAAGUGCAGAAAGAAUCAUCCUGAUGUUGCAAGCAAAUUGGCUACUUGUCCCUUCAAUGCUCGCCACCAGGUUCCUCGAGCUGAAAUUAGUCAUCAUAUCUCAAGCUGUGAUGACAGAAGUUGUAUUGAGCAAGAUGUUGAAAAUGAAAAUGGUUAG